UCAGGGACCCAAAAGAUUGUCAAACGCUUAAAACAUGAAUGUUCUUGAUUUCGCUUCUUGUUAGGAGAUUAUAUUGCUUAUACCGGUACACACGCCCAAUGUCCAAGAAGUCUACCGGCAUCCAACGAUAUUGAACGAAAACGACGACGAAAUCCACGAUAUCGGAGAAAAUCGUGAAGCUACAGUGCAAGCUCUAAAGAACCCCUCGCACACGCGUUUCGUGUGUAAAAUGUCCGUACUUGGUACAAACUAUAACUACCAUAGGACGUUCGAUGAAGAACGCAACAAUCGCUGCUGCGCCUGCUGUGUCCGCACAAUGAAAUGGUUUCCUGUGUUGUUCAUUGUUUCCGUCAUUUGUUGGUCUUACUAUGCGUUCGUGAUACAACUAUCUUUCUUCACAGUCACUAGUACUGUCCAGCGAAUUCUGUUUCUCCUUUUCUAUCAUAUUGUGCUGGUGAUGUUCUUAUGGUCUUACUAUAAAACGGUUUUUACCGAAAUUGGCCGCGUACCUUCAAGAUUUAAGGUACCGCGAGUGGAACUUGAUCGCCUUAUACGUGCGACGAACGAAGACGAGCAAAAGCAGAUACUUGAAACGUUUGCUAAGGAGCUUCCGGUAGUCACGAGAACGCUGAACGCUUCGGUGCGUUUUUGCGAAAAAUGCCGGCUCAUAAAACCGGACCGAGCCCAUCAUUGCAGUGUGUGUGGUGUCUGUGUGCUCAAGCUGGACCAUCACUGCCCGUGGGUAAACAACUGUAUAAAUUUUACCAAUUAUAAAUUCUUCAUCUUAUUCUUGGGAUACGCACUGCUCUAUUGUUUGUAUAUCGCAUUCACAACUGUUGCCUACAUGGAACUAAUAUGGACGGGAAAAAUCGACGGACGAUUCCAUAUAUUGUUUCUGUUUUUCGUCUCAGUGAUGUUCGCAAUCAGUUUAGUGAGUCUCUUCGGCUAUCAUUGCUAUUUGGUGUUGCUGAACCGGACCACACUAGAAUCAUUCCGAACGCCCAUUUUUCGUUAUGGUGGCCCCGAUAAGCAUGGAUUUAGUUUGGGGAAGAUGAGCAACUUUCAAGAAGUUUUCGGUGAUGACCAACGGCUUUGGUUUAUUCCAGUGUAUACUAGCCUUGGGGAUGGGAUGUUGUUUCGCACCCGGUCUCACCAUUUAUCAUCGAUCCCGUCGCAUGAGGUUGUGUUGCCAGUGGCCCCUCUUGCCACUGGUAAUCAGCAUUAUUGUAACGGCACGGUUGAAAACGCUGCCGUUGCGACGAUGAAUCCUCCAAUCGACCAAACCGUUGUUGUAGAGCACGUCAACGAAACGAAAGCAACGGACGGCGUUGAGUUCCGCCAGCUUCUUCAACAGCAGCAAAUGAACGAAAAAGUUGCUUCUUGCAUUGCGUCAGCUCUCCCAGCAAACGGGGACCCUCCACGGCAAGAAACAAAAGACAGCUUCGUUUCGAACCAUCAUCCUCACUAGCGGUAGUUGUAAUUGUAGUAACGCGUUUAAAACUCUUUUGUAGAUUUCGUAUGUCUCCGUAGAUAUUCAUAUCAUCAACGACAGCGUUUUCACCAGAUUGAUUGUAUUCGAACGACAUUCAGUUUAAAGUCCAACGGCAUAGCAGGAUAUAAGUUAAGGUCACGUCGUAUUAUUUCCUUACUAUUCUACCGAGAUUCGAUUGAUUUUCAUAAUAGAUAAAUAUUUAUGUUUUAAAACAUUUACCCAACUUUGUACAAUCCUCUUCUAAUCUACAUCCAUCACCAAUAUGAUACAGUUUCAUAAAGAAAAAACCCUAAGUUUAGCUAGGUCGUUUAAAUUUCGAACGUAGAAAACAAAAUAAGAAAAUAAGGUGUA